AUGGGAACGGCAUGGCAAGGCCGGGGUGCUCCCGCCGCCGCCCUCGCUGGCCGAUUUGGUUCGGUCACAGGCGCUGCUGCAGCUCGUAGUGAUGAUGGAUCUCAGGCCGCCGGUGGUGAUGUUGGAUCUCAGGCUGCCGGUGAACCCGCCGUUGUGGCAGCAGCAACAUCUCCAACUCUUCCUAGUCUUCAAGCUUCCAAUUUUCCUGCGUGGUGGACAAGUUCCUCUCCCAUGGGCUCAAGUGAAGGGAUAUACCCACCACGAGGGUUUACUGAUAUUCUGAACUCAAAUAUUACUGAAGAAAAUUUUCACUUAGUUGGCAAUACAAGAGGCAGUAAUACAAUUUCUCCAAAUGCUCCAAGUUUGAAAAGGACCCGACCAAAUGCUCCAAUUGUUGUUGAAGCAGAUGAAACAAAUGAAGAUGAGAGAACUGAGAGGCGAUUGAACUAUAGGAAAGAUGAGGACAUUAGAUUGGCUUCUGCUUGGCUACGGAAGUCAAAGGACCCAGUAGAUGGAACUGACAGGAGUGGAGAUCAAUUUUGGGCUGAUGUCACUGAAGAAUACAACAAAGGCACUGAGGUUAACCGCAGGAGAAGGUCGUUGUUCCUCCGCAUUGUCGGUGCCCUUGGUGAGUGGUCUCCAUUUUUCACUUUAAGAUAUGAUGCUCUUAAUCGCCCUGGGCUAUCACCAAUUCAAAAGUGUACUGCUGCGAUAAGGCAGUUAGCAAAUGGUAGUCCUGCAGAUCAGCUUGAUGAGUACAUUAAGAUUGGUGAAAGUACUGCUAUAGAGUGCUUGAAAUUAUUUGUGGAGGGAGUGAUUGCUAAGUUUGGGGAGGAAUAUUUGAGACGACCAACAGUACAAGAUGUUGAGCGCUUAAUGGCGAUCGGUGAGCGUCGUGGAUUCCCUGGGAUGCUAGGGAGUAUUGACUGUAUGCAUUGGCACUGGGAAAAAUGUCCUUAUGGGUGGAAGGGGAUGUAUACCCGCGGUGAUCACGGUGUUCCUACAAUCAUUCUAGAGGCAGUAGCUGGUCAUGAUCGUUGGAUAUGGCACGCCUUCUUUGGUGUUGCUGGAUCCAACAAUGACAUCAACGUGCUUAGCCAGUCAGAUUUAUUUGUGGAGUAUUUGAGAGGAGAAAAUCCUAAGGUGCAGUACUAUAUCAAUGGAAGAGAAUACAAUAUGGGCUAUUACCUAGGUGAUGGCAUAUAUCCAGAGUGGCCUGCCUUCGUGAAGUCUAUAAAGAGACCACAAAUAGAUGAGCAUAAACUUUUUUCACAGAAGCAAGAAGAGGCAAGGAAGGAUGUUGAAUGCUCUUUUGGCAUUUUGCAGUCUCGCUGGUGCAUUUUGCGUCGACCAGCGCGUCUCUUUGAGCAAGGUGAUCUUCAGAAUGUCAUGCUUGCUUGUAUAAUUCUCCACAACAUGAUAAUUGAAGAUGAAAAGGACAUAGAGCAGGUUCCAUUUGAUUUGAAUGAGGAAGGCAGCACAUACACUGUUGAAGAAGCUACAAUCACUCAUGGAGAAAACCCAGAGCUGGAGGAAGUGCUUGACAGGCAUAAUGCUGUCGACUUGAUGCCUUUUGGGGAACUUUUGCAAGCUGAUGGCUUUUGGAAGACUUCUGAACCUACCUCAGACGAUGGUUGCGAGUACCUGUGUGAACUGGCUUCAGGAGUGAACCUGAUGGCUUCAGGAGACAAGACUUCUUUUGUUAUCAACUAUAUGUCUUCUGGAGUGCACCUGGUGUCUCCUUUUUAG